AUGAGUGACCUUGGGACUAGCCACCCUUCGGGUAGGUCCUGGGACCGUCCCGUUAAGUAUGGAAGCAGUAGCGGAUUGUCAGACUGUGUGGUUUCAUCAAAGAGCAAGACAAUUACCGUUUUCAUUUUUAUUCUCAUAAAUGUUUUGAAUUACAUGGACAGAUUUACGAUCGCUGGAGUUCCCGAGAAUGUAAAAAGCUACUACAAAAUAAACGACUCAAAACUAGGCCAGCUGCAGACCAUGUUUUUUGUAUUCUACACUAUUCUUAGUCCUAUUGCUGGUUAUCUUGGUGAUCGUUGGAAAAGAAAACGAAUCAUGCAGAUUGGUCUGUCGAUUUGGAUAAUCGUUACUUUGGCGAGUUCUUUCGUUCCUGCUCAUCUAUUCAGCUUAUUUCUAGCUACUCGCUGUUUUGUUGGAAUCGGUGAAGCCAGCUAUUCCACAUUGGCUCCAACAAUCCUAUCUGAUUUGUUUAUGGGGAAUGCAAGAACCAAAGUUUUAGGUCUCUUUUACUUUGCAGCACCUGUUGGAAGCGGACUAGGUUUCAUAGUUGGUUCAGAAAUAACUCGUCUGGCUGGAUCUUGGCAAUGGUCUUUACGAAUUACACCGAUUUUGGGCUUACUUUGUAUAAUUUUACUGAGUGUUUUGCAUUCAGAUCCGCCUCGUGGUGAAGCAGAGGGAGGUUCGCACAUGCGUACCACUUCGUGGUGGCUAGAUAUAAAGUCCCUACUAUCUAAUCAAGCCUUUAUGUUUAUUAGCUGUGGAUAUACAUGUGUCUGUUUUGUUUUGGGUUCACUUUCUUGGUUCGCGAUUGAUCUAAUCCAGUCGGCAUUGAAUGCAAUAAACGAUGAUCCUUCUGCCUGGAGGAAUUACAAUAUUCCCAUUGUUGUUGGAGCUUCAACAUGUCUUGCGGGUAUUUUUGGAGUCUUAUCUGGUGCAAAACUAGGUCGUUAUUUACGUCGAUGGGUUCCUGCGGCAGAUGCCUAUGUUUGUUCUGCAAGUCUUUUUAUAUGUGCUCCAUUCUUAUUCUUUGCUCUGGUGUCUCCAUCCUGGAAUUUCUAUGUAUGCAUUGUUCUUGUUUUCAUCGUCGAAUUUCUUCUAUGCAUCACAUGGGCCCUUGUGACUGAUAUGACUAUGAUCACUAAUAUUGGCCGUGGGUCUACUCAAGUCGAACGGCAAUGGUGUGACCUGAUUUACAUUGAAUUCACUCCUAGGCAGUGAAGGUUUCUCGGUGAUUGUAAAGAUCAAGCAAAAUUCUUACCAAAGUGAUUUAAUUCACUCGAUAAAACAAAUUAAAGAAGAAUAGAGUAUGGAUACACUACCACUUGGAUCCUAUGCAUAGCGUCCAUAUGAUCAACAUUGGCUAGUCAUCUUUAACCUUGACGAUAGUUGGUAAAUUGUUCAGCACUCACUAACCAAUCAUCUAGCAACAGGACAGUUUAAUUUAAUGGGUUACUUGACUAGGUCCUAGUAACAUUUCACUGAUGCUACAUACUCUUGUCUGGACUGCAUCCUUGGAAUGAUUUUAUUCUUGUUAUCAUACUGUUUUCCUCUAUUUUUACUCCUUGACAAUUGUCUUUUGGUUGCGCUUAAUUUAUUGAUUCAUAUUUUACCAAGCUUAUUGAAUUAUCAGUAAGUAAAUAAAUAGUCGAACUAGCUUCCUAUAUGAAUUGUGGCCUUAUAUUUCUCAGAUAAAUAAAUCUUUAAGGUUUCAUCAGUCCCAUUAGGUUGACGGCUAAUAAAAUCUCUUCAGAAAAACACGAAGUUUCCAUCAGGUUGUGCAACCUGUGGCACAGUCUAGAUUCCUGCUUGUCUAUCAACAGAUAAAGACACUAAUCACUAGUUUGAUUUGUAUUACUUUAUGAUUAUUGACUAGUCGAUUCCUUAACCAACCGUUAUAGCGAAUGCGAAACGAUAUGUAUUAAUUGGGAGAAUUUAAUCACAGAUUUCCUCAGUUCAUCAUUCG